UUGUCCGUGUUCUUUGGCCCCCCAGUGACCAAAACCAUACUUCGGUAGACGAAACGCAGCGUUGAGAGCGUCGCCGCGUUGGGAGCGUCAAUAGUGGCACCCAAAUUCUGCACUGAAGCAAAGUCUCUGUUCAUUCGCGUUGCGCACUCUCUGAAGCGUUCGUUUCAAUUCCAAAGUUCUCUGAAGUGUACUAAUGGAUGCGGAGUGGUCUGAUUCACGAUAUGAUGGUAGAAAUGAUAAAGAUGAUUCGCCAUUGAGGGAACAAUAUGAUGAUGAUGGAGCAGAUAAAUCUAGCAAGCACAGAAGCAAGGAUAGGAAGAAGAGUGACAAGGAGCACCGCAGGGAACAGCUGAAGGAUGCUUCAAAAGAGGGAAGGGAACGGAAGAAGGAAGAUAGGGAUGAACGCGAGAAGGACCGGGGCAAAGAUAAGGCAAGGGAGAAGGAUUAUGACAGGGAGAAAUACAGGGAGAAGGAACGAGAGAGGGAUAGAGAUAAGAAGGAGCGGAGUAAGGAUAAAGAGCGCGAAAAGGAUACGGAGAGAGAUAGUGAAAGAGUGCGAGAGAAGGAGAGGGGUAAAGAGAAGAGUAGGGAUAGGGAUAGGGAAAGGGAAAGGGAAAGGGAGAAAGACAGGGAUAAAGCUAAGGAAAGGGAACGGGAGAAGUAUAGAGAAAGAGAGAAGGAGAGGGAAAGCUAUAGAGAUGGGGACAAGGAUAAGGGGAAAGAUAAAACUAGAGAGAAGGAGAGGGAGACGGAUCGAGAUAAAGAAAGGACAAGAGAUAGAGUGAGCAGAAAGACUCCUCAUGAGGAGGAUUAUGAGCUGAAUAAUGUUGAUGAUAAAGUAGACUACCAUGACAAGAGAGAUGAGGAGGUUGGCAAGCAGGUGAAGGAUACAAAGCCUGACGAAGAUAAUCAAGAUAGUCAAACAUCUGCACAUAUUUCAUCAACAGAACUUGAAGAACGCAUCUUGAAGAUGAAAGAAGCAAGGACAAAGAAACAACCUGAAGCUGAUUCUGAGAUCUCAGCAUGGGUUAAUAAAAGCCGCAAGCUACAAAAGGAAAGAGUAUUGCAACUCUCAAAGAUUUUUGAGGAGCAGGACAACAUUGCAGUAGAGGGAAGCGAUGAUGAGGAUACAACCCAACACACUGAUAACCUGGCGGGGGUGAAAGUUCUUCAUGGCCUUGAUAAAGUUAUGGAAGGCGGUACAGUAGUUCUAACUAUUAAAGAUCAACCGAUACUUGCUGAUGGUGAUGUUAAUGAAGAUGUUGAUAUGCUUGAGAAUGUGGAAAUUGGAGAACAGAAACGAAGAAACGAUGCUUAUAAAGCUGCAAAAAAGAAAACUGGCGUAUAUGAUGACAAGUUCAAUGAUGACCCCUCCUUGGAGAAGAAAAUACUUCCACAUUAUGAUGAUCCAGCUGCAGAAGAGGGUUUAACUUUGGAUGAAAAGGGACGAAUCUCAGGUGAAGCUGAGAAGAAACUUGAAGAGCUGCGAAGAAGGUUAACAGGUGUUUCUACAAAUACCUUUGAAGAUCUAACUUCAUCUGGAAAGGUAUCAUCAGAUUUCUAUACUCAUGAAGAAAUGCUCAAAUUUAAGAAGCCCAAGAAGAAAAAAUCCUUGCGAAAGAAAGAUAAGCUGGACAUCAAUGCCCUUGAAGCUGAAGCUGUCUCUUCUGGAUUGGGUGUUGGAGAUCUUGGUUCUCGGAAAGAUAUAAGGAGGCAAGCCAUCAAAGAUGAGCAAGAAAAAUUGGAGGCUGAGAUGAGAAAUAAAGCUUACCAGUCUGCUUAUGCUAAAGCAGAUGAAGCAUCCAAAUUGCUACGUCAGGAACAAACUCUCAAUGUUAAAACAGAAGAAGAUGAAACUCCAGUUUUUGUGGAUGAUGAUGAGGAUCUUCGUAAAUCCUUAGAGAAAGCAAGAAGAUUAGCUCUUAAAAAGCAGAAGGAAGAAGGGGCAUCUGGACCUCAAGCAAUUGCAUUGCUUGCCACUUCAAAUCAUAAUAAUGAGACUGAUGAUCAAAACCCUACAGCUGGAGAGUCACGAGAAAACAAGGUGGUCUUCACAGAGAUGGAAGAAUUUGUCUGGGGCCUCCACAUUGAUGAAGAAGCACGAAAACCAGAAAGUGAAGAUGUUUUCAUGCAUGAUGAUGAAGAGGCUAAUGUUCCUGAUGAAGAAAAGAGUAAUGAGGCUGGUGGCUGGACUGAAGUUCAAGAAACUAAUACAGAUGAACAACCCAAUUCAGAAGACAAAGAGGAAAUACUUCCUGAUGAAACUAUCCAUGAAGUUGCUGUGGGGAAAGGGCUGUCAGGUGCUUUGAAACUACUUAAAGACCGUGGAACACUGAAAGAAAGCAUUGAAUGGGGUGGCAGAAACAUGGACAAGAAGAAAAGUAAAUUGGUUGGUAUUGUAGAUGAUGAAGAAAAGGAAGCACAGAAGAAAAAGGAGAUUCGCAUCGAGAGGACAGAUGAAUUUGGGAGAAUUUUGACUCCUAAGGAAGCCUUUCGAAUGAUUUCUCACAAGUUCCAUGGCAAAGGACCUGGAAAAAUGAAGCAAGAAAAGCGUAUGAAGCAAUAUCAAGAAGAACUGAAGAUGAAGCAGAUGAAGAGUUCAGAUACACCAUCUCUGUCUGUGGAGAGAAUGAGGGAAGCUCAAGCUCGUUUGAAGACACCCUAUCUUGUUCUUAGCGGUCAUGUUAAACCAGGACAAACUAGUGACCCAAAAAGUGGUUUUGCUACUGUUGAGAAGGAUCUUCCUGGGGGCUUGACACCUAUGCUUGGUGAUCGAAAGGUAGAGCAUUUUCUGGGAAUCAAGAGGAAAGCUGAACCAUCGAGCUCUGAUACCCCAAAAAAGCCAAAAUCUUAGAAGAGAGACUAAUAUCCCUGUAAGCUAAGAAGUUUGACCCAGUGCUCAUCUACUCUGUUGCUGACAACAGAUAAUUUGCAGCAGAAUUUGUGGUGUUCAAAUUUCGUUGUUAAAACUAGAUUUCCUUGGAAGAUGUAAGUCGGUAGAAAUUUAAAAUUUUAAUUACUGGCACUGGCAACCUAACACCGCCAGUGGUUAUAUUUUUCCGACCAUUUCAUGCGUCCCAGAAUUCGGGAUUCCUUUUUGUACAAAUAAGAGUUUAUUUUCAUUGUAUUAAUUAAACAUUUGGAUUGUGGUUUUCUCGUAGGAUACGCUAGUGGCAUCACAAGCAUGUUCCUCACCUAACGAACAAUUACCAAAUGAUUGAUUUUGCUAAUCCUGGAUCCAUGUUAGCUCGUUCUUCAGUAUUUAUUUGAGUUCACCGAGUAUUUCUGUAUUUAAUGGGUUUUAACCUUGACUUUGUAAAAAAAUACUCGUGCAUCAUGACUAGUGUUUUGACCUGGUGCAAUUUAUUUUGAAUGAAGGGGUCAAGGAGUUGGUAAGUAAA